AUGACGACAAUCAAGAGGACUGUGUAUGUUGGUGGAUUAGCUGAAGAAGUGGACGAAAAGGUACUCAAUGCUGCAUUCAUUCCAUUUGGAGAGAUUGUGGACAUUCAGAUCCCUUUGGACUAUGAGACAGAGAAGCACCGAGGCUUUGCCUUUGUUGAGUUUGAAUCUGCAGAGGAUGCAACUGCAGCCAUCGACAACAUGGACGAUUCUGAACUCUUCGGGAGGACCAUCCGAGUGAACCUCGCUCGCCCGUUACGAAUCAAGCAGGGCUCUUCGAGGCCGGUGUGGUCGGCUGACGAUUGGCUCAAGAAGCACGCCGGGGAGACACUCGGGAAGACUGCCGAAGGGGAAGCAAAUCCUGAAGGAGCCGAGCAGAACGAGGGAGAGUCCGGAGAGCCAGAGGCAGAGGCAGAGGUGGAAAUUCCAGCUAUGCCCAGGAAGAAAAAACCAAACCCUCAAGUGUACCUGGACGUCAAAAUCGGCAAGGCCCUCGUGGGACGGAUCACGAUCCUCCUGCGUGCCGAUGCCACACCACGCACCGCUGAGAACUUCCGCUGUCUGUGCACUCACGAGAAAGAGAGGACAGAAUGGCUUGACAACAAGCAUGUCGUAUUUGGACAAGUGAUUAGUGGGAUGGACGUCGUGAAGAAGAUGGAAAAGUAUGGUUCCAAAUCUGGGAAGCCCUCAGAGAAAAUUGUCAUUGCCCACUGUGGGGAACUUGUGUGA